CAGCGUCUUGUAGCUAUUUGUCGCAAUGAUGUGUAGAAGCCAUUUGAGAUUGUUUGUCAAUCAUUAUGAUUAUUAAUACUACGUUAAUUCACUGCUAUUUUUGUCAAAAGAGAGAAUCAGAAGAAUCGUAACUAUGAAGCUAAUUAUGAAAAUCUUAAUCAGAGAAUCAAUCAAAUGAUAACUUGGACCAAAUCCUAAAAGUUGUUGCGACUAAUUUUUAAUUAUAAUAAUUGUAUAAACAAUAUUACAUACGAAUAUACAACAAUGCAAGAUUAUUUUUACGAAUAACAAUGCUCAGAUAUCAAUUUUUAACAUGUUAUUUCGCGCAUCUGUAUAUUAUUGAGUAACAUAAAGAAUUCAAGCUCGCUAUUGGAUUAAAAAAUUACAAAAUUGUAUAAAAAUGGACAAUUCAAGGCAACAAGACAGAUCUCUUAGCAGUGGAAUUUCAUUGCCACAAUGGAUGAAAGGAAAAAUGGAUAAUAGAUUCGACUUUGACGAAGCUGCAUUCAGUCCACCAUCUUACGACGAUAGUUUUUUUUAUAUAAGAAAUUCAAAAUCACAAAAUCCCGAAGUAUCGCAACAUGGAUUAAAACAUAUCGUAACUGAGGCUUUGAAUGAAAAUAACACGAGUUCUACAAAUCAGAUAAGGAAUGAAAAAUCCAUUUCCGACUUGAAAGAAAUCAAGGAGAUUGAUUUUAGCAAACAUCCUUUGCCAUGCCAACCGUUUAUACCGAUAAAUAGUAAAAUCGAUGAUAUUAAAUCUCGGAAGAUUCCAGAAGCAGGCGGAAGCAUAAAACCCAAAUCGCAGGGAACGGACGACGGUUUUCACGGUGAACCGGCUCUUUGCGGCAAAUCAAUCGUUCAUGUAGCAAAUCAAAUGAUGUCCGGUAAAUUUGUUAAAAUGUUUGCAUCAGAUCCGCAAUCUCAGCAGACAGAUAACCAAUUAAAAAAUGUUAGUAAGUCAUUACCGACGACACCGUUGACAUCGCCGACAGGAACUCCAGAUAGUUCACCGAAAGCGCGUAGAAAAAUUCACGCUAACAGAUAUUUCACGGGCGCGUUUGUACCAGACAAAGAGAAAUAUCAGGGUAAUUGGAUCUUGGCAAGCAUAUUAGGCCAAUCUAGAGAAAUUAUUACCGCAAAAAUAGAAGAAGAAGCUGAAUCCUUCGCAGACGUGGAACCACGCAAGCCGCUUAAUCGAAAAAAGUCGAUAUCUUCGCAAAAUCUUACAUAUAUAGGAAAAGAAGAAAAAUUAGCGGAUAAGUCGUCGGUUUACGUAAAUAUGUUCGAAGCUAAACCAUCGGAAUUAAGAGAAAUGAAUUUUUGGUCACCGACUUCCAUGUGAAAUUUUAAAUUCGAUUGGAUUAUAUAACUAUGUAGGUAUAAUUAUAUAACUAUGCUUCUACCAAAACAUAUAUUCGAAUUAAUUUAGGUUAAUUCCAUACAAUUUAAUAACUCGUAGCUUUAAUUCUUUAUAAUAUUUCACUAUUUUAGCAAUGUUUCGUACGACGUAUAUAUCAACAUAUUUUACAUAUUCGGAUUUUUAUAAGCGAAAUACUUUGAAAACGAUCAAUAGUAUCAGUACAUACGCAAUAUAAUAGAAUCGUAAACGUUCCAUAGUAAUCGCGUGGAACGGGUGACUUUCUACAUUACCUUCUUUUUAGAUACAACGGCGCAUCCGUAAUCUUAUUAAAUAAAGUAUCAUAUUUUUUUUCACAUCAAUUAGAUAAUUAAUCAAUAAUAAAACAAUUUAAAUCUUUCAAUCGUCUCGUACAUAAAAUGUUACAAUAGAGUCAAUCACAGGCAUAUAUAUAUAAUAUAUGUGUUUAUAAUGACGACUAGACCGCUAACAGUCAUGCGACAGGUAGCCAUUCACAAUUGGGCAGAAUAUAUCCAGGUUGAGAAAAUCAAUAUUUAUUUUUGAUGAAAAAACAAUAUUUAAUAUAACUUUUAUUAUUAUUAUUAUUAUUAUUUUUUAUUUUAUAUUAAAUAUAUACAAAACUUUUAUAUUAAUAUCAGCUUUCUCUUCCAAACUAUGAUCGAUGGACAGUGGGUUAUAUUCUGUUCAAUUACCCUGGCUUAACUCGUCAUAUCUUUUUAUUUAUAUGGCUGGUUAAGUUUAGCACGCGAAUAUACUUAUAUGGCAAUUGACAUUUGCCACAUUGCUGUUCGCAGUAUAAUAUAUAUAUAUAUAUAUAUAUAUAUAU